GGGAGACCGUAGGGAACCGUGAGGAACAGCAGACAUGAAUCAAAGCAGCGAAGGAUGUAUGAAAAAGAUUAGCAGUGUGAAUCUUGACAAACUUAUAAAUGACUUCUCACAGAUAGAAAAGAAAAUGAUAGAAAUUAGUGGAAAGAACAAUAUACUGGAUAUUCAGUUGGAAAAAACUAACUACUUAUUAAAAGGAAUGCAAACAAAGGAGGUCUCACUUAAAGAAGAAUGUGCUACUCUUCAUAAUAUGAUAAAGGGGCUACAACAGACCAUUGAAUAUCAACAUAAUUUGAAAGGUGAAAAUGAACAGCUGAAAAGAAAUGCUGAUCUUAUGAAAGAAAACUUAAAAUCUCAUCAACAGGAAUAUAAAAAUAAUAUUGCCAAACUUAUGAGUGAAAUAAAAAUCAAAGAGGAGGGACAUAAAAUAGAAGUAAGGAAACUUUAUCAGGAUAUGCAGAAAAAAGUUGAAUUAAGUGAAGAAAAGAAUAAAGAACUGAUAGAGAAAAAAGAGGUAGAAAUUUCAGAGUUAAAUGCAAAGUUAAGAACUCAAGAAAAAGAAAGGCAAAAUGAAAUAAUCAAACUACAGCUAGAGUUUGAUGCCAAACUAGCAAGAGUUCAAACUAAACCAAAAUCAUAUCCAGAUUCUACUGUUUUGCCACAGAGUGUCUACAGAAGGGUACGUGAGUUUUCCUUCCUUGGCUUUUGCUUAAGAAAAUAAACACACUAAUGUGUUUCCAUAGAAAUUGUCUAAUAUUUACUAACAAUACACUUAACAACUUUUCUUAAAAUAUGUCACACAAUCAGAAAAAUACUAGAUUUUGAAUAAUCUUUAAAGGUCACUUUCAGUUUAAACAAGUAAAAUCUUAGUAGUAAAUUAAACCACUAGAGAAAUCCUGAGUCUUUGGACCAUCUAAAGAAUUCCAUAAUAUAUUUUGGACUAAGGCUGACUUACUAUUCUUACUAUUACUUAGGCACUCAGAUGGUCGAUUUUUUAUUCAACUCUUUAAUUUAUGCUUUAAAACUUCAAGCUAUAUAGGGAGAGGGGAACAAACUAAAACAAAUGGUGCCAAUGCAUGUUUUUGUAUCCUUUUACCAGUUCUACCCCAUUAAGUCCCACAAAAAUAAAAUUAUAAACCUUUCAAAAUAGGGUGUCUUUUUUAGUACCUACUUCUACUUAAACCAGAAGUACAGUUUUUGUUGUUGUUUUGUUGUUCCUUAUAUUUAAUCGUAUUAUUUCUGGGUUGCAAUAACAAAAUUUUUCUGCUUCAUUUAGAAGCUUCAACAUCUUCAAGAAGAAAAAAACAAGGAGAUUGCAGCUCUCCGUAAUACCAUUCACGAUUUAGAGCAACGCCUUUCUGUUGGCAAAGAGCCCUACCUUAAACGUAAACGGUUUUGAGUACAGCAGUAAGCUCAUUAGUUGCUAUUUAAUCUCUUUAAAAUCAGUUGAAAAAAUUCACUUCUAUUUAGAGUCAAUAUAGCAUACUGCCUAAAUAAUAACAAUAAAUAAAAGACAGCUUUAAACUAUUUUUUUAUUGCGUUUAUUGAAACAAAUCCACACAUUGGCCAACUUUGUACUGCAUUCUCACUUAAUAGUAUUAACCAUAAAGGAGUUCAGGUUUAUAGGACGGGAGUUUACCUAUUGAACCAUCAUUGACUAUGGAAAUACUUUCUAAGCAAUCAAGAGAUAGACAACAUUCUUUUAUCUUUCCCCUUAUAUCUUUCAAGACAGGCAUUCUCAAAUUUUAAAGAGUGUGAUGCAGACAGAGAAAACAAUAUAUAAAGGCUUCACUCAUAUAUGAUAGUAAAAAUCAAGAUAUGAGUCUUAUAUAUAAAAAAAGUAUAAAUGGAUAUUUCAAAUGUAGUCAUAGCAAAAUACUCAUAUGUUAAGUAUUUCUAGAUCUUAAAAGAUAGAAUUCACUUCUUUCUUAAAAGUUUAAUCAGUUAAAAUUGUAAGAUUAAAAAGACAAUGGUAAUAUUGUUUUGAGAAAUAAGAAAAAAAAUGGAAAACAUGUCUUUGUCGUUCUUCCUCCAUUCUAAAUUGCUAACUAUCCAACAGAAACCCCUAGGUCAUAGUUUAUGUUCCUGUUCUCAUUAAUGCAACUAGAACGCUGGAAAAAGAAAAAGAAAGACAUAUUAACCAAAUGCUGCAAUCACCUUUCAGCUGCCCUGUAAUUAAAAAAAAAAAAUGGAUUGGGUCACAAUUUUCUUUGAUAAAAAUCUUAAAAUUUGGAGGCCUGUAUAUUAGGUUGCUCUGUUUGCACAAAUCCAAUUCUUAUUUUUUGAUCAUUAUUAACUAGGUAGCUUAUAAAAAUGCUGGAAAUGAAACUGUGUCUAGAGUGACUUGGGGAGUAGAACCCAUUUGAAAUAUUUAGUUUGAAGGUCAUUUUCACAUUUCUGCCUUAUUUUUUCAGCUUCAAUUGCUGCUGGCUUCUGUGGGCUUAAGCUG